AUGGCGCCCAAGACGACGCCAUUUCUGGAGAAGCAUACGCUGGAGUUCGGCGCUCAUCAAGACGGAAAAGGGUGGCGCGCAAAAUGCGCGAUGCCUAGUUUAAAAGCUUCGCCGCCAAUCGUCGAGACCAUCAUCGGCGACAUGUUCUUUAGGAACGACAAAAUGCUAGACAAUGCCAAAGACGAAAAUGAAGACUACCUCGUGGCGUCUGAAGCAGCGAAGGCUGAGACUGAGAAGUACGUCAUCACCAUCAAGAAUGUGAUGCAUUACGAACUCGCAUUGGACCAUGAGGGAAGCAGCAUGUCUUGCAGGCAGGCGGACAUGGCAAUCGAACAUGCCAAGCGACGUACGUAA